AUGAAGCUGGCAUACCUUGUCCUUGGUGCCACGACUCUCCUCCUUCUGGGUGGCUGUGACUCUGUCCUCAGCACCUCCAAUGGGAACCUGCAUACCUUUGUGGGCUGUGCUGUGAGGGAGUUCACAUUCCUAGCCAAGAAGCCGGGCUGCAGAGGGCUUCGGAUCACCACUGAUGCCUGCUGGGGCCGCUGUGAGACCUGGGAGAAACCCAUCCUGGAACCGCCCUACAUUGAAGCCCAUCACCGAGUCUGUACCUACAACGAGACGAAGCUGAUGAUUGUCAAGCUGCCUAACUGUGCUCCUGGUGUCAACCCCUUCUACACCUACCCGAUGGCUGUCCGCUGUGACUGUGGGGCGUGUUCGACGGCCACCACUGAGUGUGAGACCAUCUGAGGCCAGUAUUGUCUUCAGAACACACGGGUGGCUCGAGUGAGCCUCACAGAUGCCCUUGCCCAGGAAUGUAUCUGCUCUAGCUCCUGCCUUCAAGUACGGUUCAGUAUGGGCCAGCCUGUCUCCUGCCUGGCGCAGGUCUUCCUCUUC